AUGACAUCGCGGCUCCCUUAACUAGAGAUUUUCCAGAAUGAGCAAUUCCUAGACUACCAACAACGGAAGACGGAUAAUAAAUAUACAAAAAAUGAGAACAACAUCGAUCUCACCGAUAUCAAACACACUAGCAAUGAAGACCAAGGAAAUGAGGAUGCUAGCCAUAAAGACGCUAACUCUAACGACGCUAACUCUGAAGACGCUGGCCAUAAAUACGCUGGCCAUAAUGACGCUAGCUAUAAAGACGCUGACUCUGAAGACGCUGACUCUGAAGACGCUGACUUUGAAGACGCUGGCCAUGAAUACGCUGGCUCUAACGACGCUGACUCUGACGACGCUGGCCAUGAAGACGCUGACUUUAAAGACGCUGGCCAUGAAUACGCUGGCUCUGACGACGCUGACUCUGACGACGCUGGCCAUAAAGACGCUAGCCAUGAAUACACUAGCCAUGAAGACGCUGACUCUGACGACGCUGACUCUGACGACGCUAGCCAUGAAUACGCUGGCCAUGAAGACACUGGCUAUGAAGACGCUGACUCUGAAAACGCUGGCUCUGACGACUCUGGCCAUGAAGACGCUGGCCAUAAAGACACUGGCCAUGAAGACGCUGACUCUGAAGACGCUGGCUCUAACGACGCUAACUCUAACGACGCUGGCCAUAAAGACGCUAACUUUGAAGACGCUAGCUCUGAAUACGCUAGCUCUAAAGACGCUGACUCUGAAGACGCUGGCCAUAAAGACGCUAACUCUGAAGAUGCUGGCUAUGAAGAUAGUGAUUAUAAAGAAGGUGAUUAUAAAGAUGAUAGCUAUAAAGAAGAGAGGUUUGCGCUUACAGGAAGUCCAGAAAUGGAUCUAAACUCACCUUCACUUGAUAAAAAAGGUCCUGAUCAAUAG